AGGAGGAAAUCCCGCCCGUGCCCUUGGGGGGCGGAGGGGAAACUCCGCGGGCGACCAGGCACCGGAGCACACCGCCUUGCCUUUGUGGGGGCGGCUCCCACCGCCGCCCAGCCUGCCAAUGUCCUCGGCCAUCGAGAGGAAAAGCCUCGACCCCUCCGAGGAGCCGGUGGACGAGGUGCUCCAAAUUCCCCCUUCACUGUUGACAUGUGGAGGUUGCCAACAGAACAUCGGGGACCGCUAUUUCCUGAAAGCCAUUGAUCAGUACUGGCAUGAAGACUGCCUCAGCUGUGACCUGUGUGGGUGCAGACUCGGAGAGGUGGGGAGACGACUGUACUAUAAACUGGGCAGAAAACUCUGCAGGAGAGACUAUCUCAGGCUCUUUGGCCAAGAUGGCCUCUGUGCUUCCUGUGACAAGAGAAUCCGAGCCUAUGAGAUGACCAUGCGGGUGAAGGACAAGGUAUACCAUCUGGAAUGCUUCAAAUGUGCUGCUUGCCAGAAACAUUUUUGCGUUGGUGAUAGAUAUCUCCUCAUCAACUCGGACAUAGUAUGUGAGCAGGACAUCUAUGAGUGGACUAAGAUAAAUGGGAUGAUAUAGCCAAGACAUGCCUCAUGGUCUUCAAAAGGCAGUUCACAGGUGACACAAAUUCAUAGCUACAGUGAGGAGAUAAUCACUUAAGCUAUGUUUUUUGUCUAGAGUGUUGGGGGGGGGGGAUAGGGGGGAGUACUGCAGAGUAGACCCUUAUCAGGCAGUGCUACAUAGAAUCUAAACUACAUAUAAAUGAAGAAAAGAAGCUGAAGCAAUAGCAAAUAGACUGACUUCUAUUAGCAAAGGUGUAUUGACAAUAACUGACAUUAUCAGCCAUGUGGGGUGAGAGUCAGGGAACAAAUUGGGUGUGAUAAUGAAUUCUCAUAACUGGAAAUUCAGUAGUGACUUGUUAUGUAAAAAGAUAUUAUGACUUUGAUACCUGCAGACUAGGAUUGUGCAAUUGAUUUUUUUUUUUUUUUUUUUAAAUCUUUUUUUAGUUACACAGUUUAGACAAUAGUUCCCAGUGUAGACAGGAAAGAUACUGGAGAGAAAGGGCCAGUCAUUUAUUUGGUCAGAUUCCCCAAGGCCUUAAAUUUUGGAUGGGACAGCAAGUGACUUUUCUGCAUGGUACUUUUUCCCCUGAGAAUGAAAAAUGCAUCCUUUAGCUCCAAACAAUUCUUUAAGUAAAUUCUAAUGAAUAGCUGUUUCCAGACACCACUGUUUCAAGAUGAGAUGUUCCGCAGAUCAUUUCUAUACAAAUAUAAAUCUAAAGAGUUGUUCAACUAUUUUAUUAACGUAGAUUAUAUCAAUAAAGUAUUUGUUGUGUGUAGUAAUAAUCUGCAGCUUUAAUAAAAAUGACAGAAAGUU